CCCAGAAGGAAAGCGACCACAUAAGACAAGCGACAACCCCAGACCUCGACGCCGUCAAUAUACCGGCUCUUCCAGCCAGUCGAUCCAUGUCAUCACCACUUGCGCGAUCCGUCCUGUCCAGGUGUAGCUCCGCCCUCUUCUGCUACGCGCGCGCUGUUCCACUUUGGGUCGUCGCCCUCAUUGUCCUGUUCAUUGGCGCGUUGAGAGCGCGCGUUUCCGGUGCGGCCCUUGGCUGGGGCGCUGGGAGUGCUAGUGGAGGCGUGGCUUCCGGCCGCGAUCACGGCGAGAAAGGAACAGCAAACCCCCUCACUGGUAACACACGCAAGACGCGCGAGUAGUCAAGGUCACCCAGGAUGGCUGUCGGCUCGGCGGGACUGCUGGUGCCAGUGUUUGCGCCCCUCACGGCGCUGACGCUGGCAUAUACGGGCCACCAGCUCUCGAGGCUGAACUGGAUGUCGAUCAUUUACAACUUCCUCACUGGGCCGGGGCGGGUCAGUCGCAUCACCUUGCUCAUUUUCCUGGUAAUGAACCGGAAGAACCUGCCAUUUGCAUGGACCACACGGGUCCUCGCGUCACUACUUCGCCAUGCCGCCAUCCGCCGGAGCCCGGGCCCGCCCCGCGUGCUCUACCACUACUCCAUCACGAGGACCCACGCACCCCUACUCGAGACGGACUACAACUUCCACAAGUCCAACUCGACCUACUUUUCUGACCUCGACGUCUCGAGGUCGCACCUUCUCAUGCACCUCUUUGCCCAGGGCAUGGAGCGCGUGACAAAGAAUGCCGCCUACAAGGUGGUGAAGGACAAGGAGGGGAACCUGAUCAAGGGCGGCUUCGGCAUAGGCUUGGGGUCUGUCUUUUGCUCGUUCAAGCGCGAGAUCGCGCCCUACAGCAAGUAUGAGAUGUGGUCACGCGUCCUGUGUUUCGACCGCAAGUGGCUCUACAUCCUGACGCACUUUGUCGACGCGGGAAAGGUGCGUCCCACCCGCUGGGACGGCAAGGGCUUGUUUCGCGGCGCUGGAAAAGUUAGAUCCGUUGGUGGCGACACAUCUGCGAAGAAGACUACAGGAAACGUGGACGAUGACUCGGUCGACCCCUCCAUCGCCACCACGACAGACUUUCAGAAACACAUCUUCGCCACGGCAGUCUCCAAGUACGUCUUCAAGCUCGGCCGCUUCACUGUGCACCCGGCUAUCGUCAUCGAGGAGAGCGGCCUGCUGCCCGAGCGGCCUGGGGGCUGGCGGGGUGGCCCGUCCGAGACUGGCACCCCGGAGGACCUCUCUGGCUUCGAGGAGGAGCUGGCAUUGUCUGGUUCGGACGAAGAGAGUUGGGACUGGAGGAGGACCGAAUGGGAACGGAGGAAAGGCAUGGCCUUCGCCGACCACUUUGCCGCCCUCGACGGCAUGCACACACUCUUCGACGGUGGGGACGAUGGUGCUCUUGGCCACUUCAGGCCUGCCUAAGCUCGGGCGACGGCGCACCGUCCCACUAGCAGUGGGUUCGCGACAACACAUCAACCGCCUGGAUACAUCGGCACCUUUGGCAUCUGGGGUCAGCCCGCUCCCCGGAUCUCCACUUGCUUUUGCCACUUGAUUGUUGGUGAUGUGGGUCGUUGUGCGGACGGUUGUUGUUCUAUUGCUUUUGUGCAGUUGGAAUUCCAAGGACAUUUGAUGGAUUAUGCUGUCAAGUUGGUGUAUAAUAACAAAAUCUUCCCUUUGUUAUAGAAGCGUUGUGUGUUGAAGAUCGAUCGGAUUCGUGGGUGUUGCUGUUUUUACUUUUGGGGUGGGAUUCGCUUGGGAGGGCUAAACCCGGUUGGUGGAUUGAAACUGGAGUGUUUUUACUAGAUCUAGAAAUAAAGCCUGGGCGACCCCUCACUUUUUUGAGCCAGGUACAGCCACCAGGCCGCGUUUGUCCGGCUUUACGGAGGUGUGAG